GGACGCCUACGGGGUGGCCAGUUACCAGGAGGUGAACCCUGCGCCCUACGCCAUCAUCACCUUCCCCUUCAUCUUUGCCAUCAUGUUUGGGGACGUGGGGCACGGGCUGCUCAUGUUCCUCUUCGCCCUCUGGAUGGUGCUGUACGAGGACAGCCCCCGCCUGCGGCAGGGCACCAGCGAGAUCUGGCUGACAUUCUUCGAGGGGCGUUACCUCAUUCUGCUCAUGGGCGCCUUCUCCAUCUACACCGGCUUCAUCUACAACGAGUGCUUCAGCAAAGCCACCGUCAUCUUCCCCUCCGCCUGGAGCGUGGCCACCAUGGCCAACCACUCCUCCUGGAGCUCUGCCUACCUCGCCACCCACCCCUCCCUCACGUUGGACCCCAAUGUCACCGGUGUCUUCCGAGGGCCGUAUCCAUUUGGGAUCGACCCGAUCUGGAGCUUGGCCACCAACCAUCUCAACUUCCUCAACUCCUUCAAGAUGAAGAUGUCAGUGGUGCUGGGCAUCGUGCACAUGGGCUUUGGCGUCGUGUUGGGGGUCUUCAACCACCUGCACUUCAAACAGCGGCACCGGCUGGUCCUGGAGUUCCUCCCGGAGAUGAUUUUCCUCCUGGCUCUUUUUGGCUACCUGGUCUUCCUCAUCUUCUACAAGUGGCUCAAGUACAGCGCUGCCGACUCCCGGGUGGCCCCCAGCAUCCUCAUCCACUUCAUCGACAUGUUCCUCUUCACCUCCAAUGUCGAGAACCUCCCGCUCUACCAGGGGCAGGUGCCGGUGCAGACGGUGCUGGUGGUGCUGGCGCUGGCGUCGGUGCCCGUCCUGCUCCUGGGGACGCCGCUGUACCUGUGGUGCCGGCAGCGCGCCCCGAGUAGGCCGGUGGCUACGGGGGAGCAGGAGCCACUGCUGGAUGGGCAGGAGGCCGGGAACUCUGUCAACGCCACCAAGGAGGACGUGGAGAGCGGGGGGCACAGCCCUGACGCCAAGCACUUGGACUUCUCCGAAAUCUUCAUGCACCAGGCGAUCCACACCAUCGAGUACUGCCUGGGCUGCGUCUCCAACACCGCGUCCUACCUGCGGCUCUGGGCGCUCAGCCUGGCGCACGCCCAGCUCUCGGAGGUCCUGUGGACCAUGGUGAUGCGGAACGGCUUCGUGGGGCUGAGCUACGUGGGCGGGGUGGUGCUGGUGCCCGUGUUCGCCGCCUUCGCCGUGCUGACCGUGGCCAUCCUGCUGGUGAUGGAGGGGCUCUCCGCCUUCCUCCACGCCCUGCGCCUGCACUGGGUGGAGUUCCAGAAUAAGUUCUAUGUGGGUGCCGGGUACAAGCUGUGCCCCUUCACCUUCGCACCGGACACCUGGGACUAGCUGUGCUGAGGGAAUGUCGGGGGCUCGGAACAUCUGCGGCACCCCAAAUUC